AAAGGACGACAAAAAUAUUUGAUAAACUUUUUCCCCCUCACUCUCUCUCUCUCUCUCUAUCCCCCUCUCUGUCUCUCUGUCCUGAAGAGAGAGAGAUGGAGCCAGAAGGAAGGAGUCGACUCUCUCUGGGAAAACUGUCUUUGGAAAAGACUCUGAGAGACUAAAUCCUGAAGUUCAUCAAGACUGGAAAAGUUUCAACGACCCCAUCAAGACGCGUCGCGCAGGCAGGCACCGACCGUUGCGUGGAAAAGUUCAACCCCAAAAAAGCUUCUUUUUUUUCCACAGAAGCGCGGAGGUUUUGCGCAAUGACAUGCACUUCUAGGAGGGAUCGCUUUUUUAUGAAAAGACGUUAAAGGUUCAUAGGAAGGGAGACAGAAUUCUAUCAAAGUGUCUCUAUCUCGUCCUUAUUGGAGCCGGAAGGCGAUGGGGGCCGCGCCGGGUUCGGGCUGGGAGGAGGGCGAGUUCGAGUUCAAGCUGGUGUUUGAGGAGGACCCGCCGCCGCGGCAGGACCGGGGGCCGGAGCCGGUGCUCGCGACCGAACCGGAGAUAAACUCCGGACCCGGAGAGGAAAGUGAGGGCGCCCCGCUGCGCCUGGACUCGUCCGCCGGCAACAGCGGCAGCAGCCUGGUUACAGACAACCACUUGGCUGCCACUCAUGCAGCUCACUCAAUCAGCAUCCCCAGCCCGCCGCCCUCAGCCAGUCAGCGUGCUGGGAUGCACUCCCCGCCUCCACGACGGGCCCCAGUCAGAGAGUUCAGUGGGACGUACGAGAGCCUGCCAGCGCGAUCAGUGCAGGUUUCAGAGUCUCGUGUGGUCGAGUGUCCGAGCAUCCAGAUAACCACCAUCUCCCCUGAAGACGACCCCGCGUCCACCACCAACAACUACUGGGACAUGGGUGGUGGAGGUGGGUGGGACCGUGAACGCCUCUACCUCCCCCUGCUGGACCCUUUCACCUACCGCGAUCGAUGCCCAGGCUCCCUCAGCCCCAGCCCGGCCUCCAGCCCCUCCUCACGUGGCUGGCUCAGCCCUGCCUCCAGCUGUGACUCCCUGCUGGUCGAGGAGGAGGAGCUCAACGAGGCCGCCAUCCAUUUUGGGCUCUCGCCGUCAUCGAGACCCACCUCACCUGGUGGUAAAAAACGCAGGAACUCUCCUCUGGCCUCCCCCUGUACCUCACGGAGGGGCAGCUACUCAGAGGAACUGCAAGGGUGCAACCUGGAGGGCGGAGACUCCAACCUUCAGUCACAAGCUCCGCCUGGCAGCUGUGAGCUGAGCAUCCCACAGAAAACCAGAAAGACAUCCUUGGAACAAUUGUCUCCCAGGGAGGUGGAUCAGGAGCAGGCUCCAGGCCACAGCUCCCCCUGCCCUAUGCCUGAGGUCCAGCAGGUCAGGAGAGAGCCUCCUCCUGUGGGCAUGGACUACCUCUCUGUGCCCCCUGCUCUGGCCUGGGGCAGAACCCGAGCCAACGCCCACAGCCCUCUGUUCAGGUCUAAUGCUCUGCCGCCACUCGACUGGCCGCUGCCGUCCCAGUUUGAUCCGUAUGAGCUGCGUAUCGAGGUGCAGCCCCGCCCACACCACAGAGCCCACUAUGAGACAGAGGGCAGCAGAGGAGCUGUCAAGGCUGUGCCUUCAGGACAUCCUGUGGUCAAGCUGUGUGGAUACACGGAGAGAAAACCACUCUCACUUCAGGUGUUUGUUGGAACAGCUGAUGACAGAUCCAUCAGGCCGCAUCCUUUCUAUCAGAUACACAGGGUGACAGGGAAGAUGGUGGGCACUGCAAGUCAUGAGAGUGUUCAGGCCGGGACAAAGCUGCUGGACAUUCCCCUCAACCCUGAGAACAACAUGACUGCACUCAUUGACUGUGCUGGGAUCCUGAAGCUGAGGAACUCAGACAUUGAACUAAGGAAAGGGGAAACAGACGUCGGCAGGAAAAACACGCGUGUCCGUUUGGUAUUUCGUACCCACCUCCCCCUAGCGCCCCCUGGCAGGGUUCUGGCUCUGCAGGUUGCCUCGCUGCCUAUUGAAUGCUCCCAGCGCUCGGCCCAGGAGCUGCCUGUCAUCGAGUCUGUCAGCCUCACUUCCUGCUCUGUGGAGGGCGGAGAGGAACUUCUGCUGAGUGGCACCAACUUCCUGCCAAUCUCCAGAGUCCUCUUCAUGGAAAGAGGGACAGAUGGCAAACUACAGUGGGAGGAGGAGGCUCAUGUGGACCGUGACAACAGCAACGAGUGUUUGCUGCGUGUCAGAGUUCCCGCCUACAGUGACCUGUCUGUCAGUCGGCCUGUGCCGGUCAGUCUGUACGUCUCUAAUGGGAAGAGGAAAAGAAGCAGCACACACUGCUUCAAGUAUCUCCCCAUCAUGUUUAAAGAGGAGGACCCUCUGCUGUCCCGGCCCUCUGUGCUGCCUCUGGACAGGGGCACUGUGUGUCCUGUAGACGGUCAGAGCAGGAUGGACAGAGGCUUCCAUAUGAGAGGUGACCCUCUAGCUGAUGAUCGGGGCCUGGGUUUCCACUUGCCCCUCUACCCCUCCGCCUACUCCCCUCCCUGCCCCACUAUGAGCUACCACCACGAGGAGUACUGCUCCAAACCCGACGCUGUGUCUGAGGAGCCCGGUGGAUCCAGAGCAGUGUUAUCUGAGCGUCACCCCAGCUUCGAGAACUUGGAGCUGGGCUUCACCGAGCUUCUGCCCCCUCUGUACCCCCGUGGCCCCCAGCCUCCCUCCCCCUCUCCUUCUCCAUGGCUUGACUCACCCUACCUGUCCUCCUCACCCUCCCCUUCUCACUCCUCCUCUCUCAGUCCGUUCCCAGCCAGCAGUCCAAUCUCAACCUCCCCUCUGCCUCCUAUGCCCACCUCCCCUUACCCCCAGUACACUAUUUAUCCUCAGGAGGUGUGUCCCUCCCCUCCUUCCCAGCCCAGUGCCUAUCAGGACAUGUGCCCAGUACCCUACUCCCACUAUGACGGCUGGGACCCUCAGGGAAGGGUGGUGGGAAUGGGACAUGGUUUAGAGAGGGACGCCAAGAUCCAGGAGUGCCCACUGGAGUUUACCAGCUCAGUGUCUAUGCACCACAUUACCUUUGAAGAAGUAUCAGAGUACAUUGGAGAGGACAUCCAGUCUUACCAGUCAGGUUCACAGAUGGACAACCUGCCAAACUGAGCUCAGGGCAGCAGCCGAUCACGCAUCUGUUCUUAAUGCAGCGUCAGUUUAAACCUCCUCUGCACUCGUUCGCUCCACUUACAUGUGAUAGUUGUCAGGGAAAUUUCAAAUUACCAGGACACUGUUGUAAUUAUGACCACAAGUAACGGUUAUGGUUUUAUAAAAGGGAAACUAAUGUUUUUAACAUGUUUUCAAUAUAAAUUAUACAAUAAAA